AUGGCUGCGAUCGCGCCGAUGCCUCUGCUGCCGCUGCUGCUGCUACUGGCAUCGCAGCCUGCCGCCUCCGCGCCGCCCGCCCGCGACCCGUUCGCCCCGCAGCUUGGGGACACGCAGAACUGCCAGCUGCGAUGCCGCGAGCGCGACCCCGGCCCAAAGCCCUCGCAGCCUGGGCUUGAGGGCUCCUCCGAGUCCCCAUAUGACAGAGCCGUUCUGAUCAGCGCUUGUGAGCGUGGCUGCCGCCUCUUCUCCAUCUGCCGAUUUGUGGCCAGGAGCUCAAAGCCCAAUGCCACCCAGACUGAGUGUGAAGCAGCCUGUGUGGAAGCCUACAUGAAGGAGACGGAACAGCAGGCCUGCAGUGAGGGCUGCUGGAGCCAGCCCCUGGAGCCGGAGCCUGAGUCCCAGCUGGAGCAGAAGAGAAAGGUCCUGGAAUCUCCAAGCGGGGCCCUCUCCCUCCUGGACUUGUUUUCCACCCUCUGCAAUGACCUUGUCAACUCAGCCCAGGGCUUCAUCUCCUCCACCUGGACAUACUACUUGCAGACUGACAACGGGAAGGUGGUGGUGUUCCAGACCCAGCCCGUAGUAGAGAGCCUUGGGUUCCAGGGAGGCCAUCUGCAGCGAGUGGAGGUGACCUGGCGGGGAUCCCAUCCUGAGGCCUUGGAGGUGCAUGUGGACCCUGUAGGCCCCUUGGACAAGGUGAGGAAGGCCCGGAUCCGAGUCAAGACCAGCAGCAAGGCCAAGGUGGAGUCUGAAGAGCCGCAGGACAAUGACUUCCUCAGUUGCAUGUCCCGGCGCUCGGGACUGCCUCGCUGGAUCCUGGCCUGCUGCCUCUUCCUGUCUGUGCUGGUGAUGCUGUGGCUGAGCUGCUCCACCCUGGUUACCGCGCCAGGCCAGCAUCUCAAGCUCCAGCCUCUGACCCUGGAGCAGCACAAGGGCUUCAUGAUAGAGCCAGACUGGCCCCUGUAUCCUCCCCCAUCACACACCUAUGAGGACAGCCUCCCACCCUACAAGCUGAAGCUGGACCUGACCAAGCUGUAG